AUUUAUUUUAGUUCCAAAUGCCGUAGAGGAAACGGCGGUAGUGAAAAUCCCAAGAGGACGCCAACCGCCAUUACUAAUUUUAGUAAUAUUUCUUACUUUUGGUAACUUUAAUUUAUUUGGCGGGUGAAAUGGAAAAUCAGGAAGACGAAGAAUCUCACCAAAGUUCCCACGGUAUAGACGUAAUUCAAGUACACUUCAGUCCGACGUACCAAACCACUUUGUCCACAUCGCAUCAGCAAGCGGAAACUAUCGGAAAUAUUAAAGGAAAGUAUUACAAGCAAACGUACAGAACAGCAUGGGAAAAUAUGCCGGAUUUUAGAGGAUGGCUCCGAGGUGUACAAGGAGAACCUACCCGAGCUUACUGUAUGUACUGUCAGAAAACGUUACACGCCCAUCGUCUCAGUCUUCUUAAACACACCUGCACGAUAAGACAUCAGAAGGCCGCACAAAUACACAACAUCCGAAAGAAUAAGGAGAUGUCGCAGUCUCAAGAAAUUCAUAUAAGCGGUGCCAACACCACUGGCGAGCACGACGGGCUUAACGCCGAAGAGGAGGCAGAGACCAUAGUCGAGUACGCCGAGUUUGAGGACAGCCUUGCCGACGACGAGGAAGGCGAACACGAUGAGGAUGUGGAAGAUGAAGAAGAGAGCAUGCCUUUGGAUGCUAUGUCGACCGAAGUAUCAAAACAAUUCCGUCAAAAUAUACCCAUUACAAUGGCUUCGGCCAAACCGCCAAUAACAACUCACGUAUUGGAUACUUCAAGAGGUACACCUGUAACUGGUCUACAAGUGAGCUUAUACAAGUUAAUUGACGGCCGGUGGACGUACAUCAACGAAGGCGUCACCAAUUCUGAUGGUAGAUUUGGAAACUUCUUGGAGAGGUCGGAUUUUACGCCGGGGCGCUACAAGUUGCACUAUGAUGUUGAUAGAUUUUUUGAGGCGAGAAAACAGGACACUUUGUACCCGUUUAUUGAGAUUGUCUUUGACUGUAGAGCGCCGAACGACCAUUACCAUGUGCCUCUUCUGCUGAGUCCGUUCGGGUACACCACAUACAGAGGAACUUAACCGCCUUCAGCAAUACACUUUAAGUUAGAUUAAGUAUUGUACUGACUCACUUAUCUUUCAGUUUAGUUUAAGUAAUGGGAUGGGAUGAUCGCUGUGGUUAUUUCACUAAUUCUUGAAUAGUCUGGAAACCCUUUAUUCGCCAUUUCAAUUAGAGAAAAAUGUAGGAUUCCUCAAUGUUUAAUUGGUUGUAAUACAUUUUAUACCUUAAAACUAUAGUAUUUAUGAUUUUGUACGAUGUAAUACCAAUGAUGAAUUAAUUAUAGAAGUAAAAUAAAAAAUGUUCUUAUUGAAAA